AUUGACAUCGGGCCAUAUUAGGAGCAACUCACUGAUAGUAAAAACUUUGCGUUUUAGCAGAUAAGAAUUUUUUGGUCACAGCUAUUUCUUGUGUUCCUAUUGGCUAUGUUCAUAUAAAUAAUUUGCAAUUCCGUUUAUUAUGGCAGUAUCACUUUUCCUAAAGUAUAGUCACCUUUCUGUGAAAAAUGAAAUUAUUUCUCCUAAUGUUAUCCCUCGCCGAUUUAAGCCAGGUUUCGCUUGCCGCAGUCCUGGGAAGAGUUAAACGUGAAAUAACUGCAGAAGGUUUUGAAGUCGUAGCAGAUUUCAUAAAACAAUUGGCUGAUGCCACCGGACCAAUGGUAAAGUCGGUGCGCAAACAAAUGCCACAGACUGAAGUCUAUUCAACGUACAAGGAAGAUCUAGAAGAAUAUAUUUCCGCAUAUGAAGAAUUUAAAAAUGAGGAAGGCGUGUGCUACUAUAAGUCGAUCGACUUAUUAGAGAAAUUCGUUGAGCUUACGGACAAAUAUGAAAAGGAAGAUGCUACUCCCGAGGCCAAAAAACUGGAUGAAUUGUUCAAAAGCUAUGACAGCAAGAAAUUGGAAAAGGAAAUUGAAAAAUUUUAUGAGAGAGUGGGAGCAAUGGAAAUGGACAAAUCAGAUGAACACGAAAUGGAUAGAAGUCGAAUAUUCAGUAAAAUGUCGGAGAUCUGCUAAUAUGUUAAACAAAUAAAAUGAAGCUUAUGGAUACAUAUAAACAAA